GCGAUUUCAGCAGACAUAGACCAAGAUCACAUGACAAUCGCAUCUAGGUCUUAUUUGUGAUCUGUAGACAGUUUUGUUUACAGUUUCAAAUCAUGAAGUGUGACAGGUGUCUUUUGACAGCGACGUUAUGUGUUUUUAGUUUGGAGUUAUUUUGCGUGUACAGUUACGACACAGGAGGAGGUUGCAAAAGUCGUGAUUAUGGUCACGGAAGUACAGUUUGUGUAUGCAGUGAAAAAUACUGUGAUGAUCUACUCGCUGUGCAGCCCCCAGAGGUUGGUAAAGCUCAAGUAAUCUCCUCAAACAAAGCUGGAGUCCGGUGGGAUGUCAAAAUUCAAGAGUUUCAGGAACAUGGAAACGACAUAGUCAGUCCUAUGGAAAUUUUGAAAAUAGACCGAGAUGAUAUCAAACUUUACCAGAGGAUUAUUGGUUUUGGAGGAGCAUUUACUGAUGCCUCAGGUUUGAAUAUUCAGAGUGUGCCAGAGCCACUGCAGGAAAUGAUUUUAAGGGCAUACUAUUCACCUAAUGGGCUGGAGUACUCGUUAGGUCGCGUUCCUGUUGGUGGGACGGAUUUUAGCACUCAUCCUUACACGUACGAUGAUCUAAAUCUAGGUGAUGUGGAUCCCCUCCUUUCUAAAUUCUCUCUUAGCCCAGAGGAUCUGAAUUACAAGAUUCCACUUGUGAAGCGUGCCUUAAAGAUGUCUGGAAAUCCAGUCAAGUUAUUUGCUUCAGCAUGGGGUGCUCCAGGCUGGAUGAAGACUAAUGGAAAGAUUUAUGGAAAAGGAAAAUUGCUCUCCCAAUUUUAUUCUUCUUGGGCUCAGUACCAUGUUUUAUUUUUCAAGAGCUAUGAAGAACAUAACAUCAGUUUUUGGGGCCUCACCACUCAAAAUGAACCUACUGAUGGACUUGUGAAGGAUUUCAGCUUCAACUCCAUUGGUUGGACUGCUCAGGAACAAGCAAAGUGGAUUGGUGAACAUCUUGGUCCAGUUCUUCAGAACAGCAGCUUUGGCUCUCUUAAGAUUAUGAUUUUGGAUGAUAACCGUUUUUUGUUACCAGGAUGGGUUAAGGAUGUGAUGUCAAACAAAGAGGCAGCUACCUAUGUAUCAGGGGUGGCCAUUCACUGGUAUCUCGACUUUGUCACUCCAGCUAAUGUGCUAGAUUAUACUCAUAAGAUUUAUCCAGAUUUGUUUUUGCUUUAUACAGAAGCAUGUACAGGACAAUGGCCUUGGCAGCCACUGAAGGUUGUACUGGGAUCCUGGGUUCGAGCUCAGAAUUAUGCUGCAGAUAUUAUUGAGAAUCUACAACACUGGGUGUCUGGUUGGACUGACUGGAAUUUGGCUCUAGAUAUGAAGGGAGGACCUAACUGGGUCAAGAAUUUUGUUGAUUCUCCUAUUAUAAUUAAUGCUAAAAAUGGGGAAUUCUACAAGCAACCCAUGUACUAUGCCCUAGCUCACUUUACAAAAGCAUUACCAGAAGGUAGCCAGAGAGUGGAAAUAAACUCUUCAGUAGUCUUCAAAAACUCCACAGUAGGGCUUUCAUAUGUGGGUUUCAUUCGUCCGGACAAAGGAACAUCACUGAUACUGUUGAACAAGUAUCAUGAGCAGAUCAAGAUUCAACUGCAGGAGGAGAAAGUUGGAGUGCUGGAUUUGGCUUUGAAGCCAUUUUCCAUAACCACUGUAACUUGGAAGCAUUAAGUGAUUAGUCAUUUUCCAAAGGUAUCCCAUGUGUGGGAAGAUGCUAAACACAAUCAGAAGCCUAAAGUAAACUUGUGGACUUCGAAAAACCAGCAGAGACAAGGCCUGCAUGACCUGAGUGGUCAUUUUGAGAACUUGCCAUGAUCAUUGAACAAGAAGUGUUACCAUAUGACUAUAUAAUUAUUUUCCUUAACACAGGAUCUUGGUACAAUAUUGAGGGGAAGGUCUGUUUAUUGUAAGAUUCCUUUCAUUAUGCAUGAUCAGGUAAAGAAAUCAGUACAGUGGACCCCCCAUAUUCACGUUUUCAAGAUUCACGAACUCGUGUAUUGGUGGAUUUCUCUAUGGACCAUAUAUCUACCCAUUAUUUGCGGGAAAUUCGCGUAUUUGCUGUAUUUUUCUAUGAGAAAUAUCCACAAAUUACUGUAUUUUCAUAUGAGUUUCAUGAUUAAAUGCACUUUUCAUGAUAAAAUUAUUAGAAAACUAGUAAUUAAUAAGCAUUUGUAGUGGGGUUUUUAUAGGGGUCCUAAGUAUUUGUGGAUUCUAGCUAUUCCUAGGGGGUCUGUUAUGCAUCCCCUACAAAUAUGGGGGGUUCACUGUAUAUAAAUUUUGGCCAGAUGAAUUUUUUCUUCAUUUUUAUGCAUGAUGUGCCUUCUGACACCAUGUCAGGUGAUUCACAAUUUCACUUUCAUUGGGAGAGACAAGCAGCUUUUCAAUGGCUAGGACAUAUGUAAGUUUAAGGGCUUAUGAUUACGGUGUCACAACUGCUAUUUCUCUGGUGCUAUUACAACAACCUUGCAUACCUGUAUGAUGACAAUUCAUGUAGUAGUGUGCAUUGCAUUGUUCACUUGUAGUACUACAGCUGAGAGCCAUUCCAGUCACUGCAUGGUGAUUUUAAAUAGUUCUUCAGGUGUGUAAUAUAUUUUUAAUAACAUUAUCAAUUAUUACAAGAGGUGAACAUUUUUAGUAUAUUCUGUUUGUGUUAUGUUGUUGCGAUAAAACCCGUCAUUUUCUGAUGUACUGCUUGUGCUGUACAGACAUUGUUACUUAUAUAUGUGAUAUGUUAUUGAAAGACAUUGUAUUUAAAAACUAUUAUUGUUGUUAAGAUAUAUAUAUAUACAUACAGUCUCUAGUUUUAUGCUAGAUUUUUAAGUAAACGUCUAUAUUAUCCCUGUUUUGAUCAGCUGGUGUAUCCUAUUUUUCAAGUUUUUGAGUCUUUCUGUCAAAAUGUCUCAGUUUUUGUUAUUUUAUAACAUCAAAAUUUCACCUGUCUUUUUCAUCAGAUUUUCCAACAAAAUUCCACAAAAAAUUAGCUAAUUUGAAGCACUGAAUAAUAUCAAAAUCUUUGAAGCCUGUUAUCUCAGAAUGAGGAAAAACUAGCUUGUACGCCAGUUCGUCAAACUAGGGACGAUAGAAAGUAUUAUCCAUUGGUAUUUCAAGUGCCAGAACAGUUCAGUAUUUUUAAUAAACAGAUCAUAAUCAUU